UUUUUUAAUAAAGAGAUGGAAUGUUACUUUAAGGUUGUUUCUGUUAGAUUUGCGACCACACUAAUUUUCGUAGUGCAAUAAACUGCCAAUAUGGGGGUGCAGCCCACGACUCGUUCAUAUGAAAGCAUUCAAACGAACGAAUGGUUAUGGAACAUCGUUUUUUGCACAAUAGGAGUGGCAAUGGCUUGCUAGGGGUCUCUGGAUAUCCACUUGAGCCGUGGUGCAUAACACCGUACAGAUAUCCAUCAGACGGAUCAGGUGAAGCAAGGUUCAAUGAAAUUCAUUCCAAGGCACGGUGCAUCAUUGAACGAACUAAUGGUGUACUGAAAGGUGGGUGGAGAAUCCUAGAAUACAACAAAAGAGGAAGAUAUGAUCCUGUAAAAGUGGCUAGGUUUGCGAAUGUCUGUGCAGCGCUUCACAACAUUUGUAUACAAUUUAAUGUGAGCUUUACAGCAACAAAUUCAGAGAGUCAAACCGCAUCUGACAUAGUGUCUGGAGAAGGCCAGUAUACUAGAAUCGGCCAAACAAUCAGAGAUCAAAUUAAAAUCUCGUUGAUGAACUCGACAUAACCAUCUUGUUUUCAUAUUGUAUAUUACUAUUAUGCUUUUGAAGUAUA